AUGUUCGAAGCUAAACUCGCUGAAUCCGCUCUUUUGAAGAAGGUUAUUGAUGCUAUCAAGGAUCUGAUCACUGAUGCUCCAUUCGAUUGUACUGAAACUGCUCUCAAUCUUCAGGUAAGGUUUCUUAUCUUUGUUUUUCUGUUUUAGAAGUUGGUAGAGGCUUUAUUCUAUGAAUAAUAAAGGGUUGAAGACAAUAUGUUUUGUGUUGGACACUAAUUCACCUUAUUUUAGUCUAUGGAUGGAUCUCACGUAGCGUUGGUCUCUCUUCGUCUCGGUGUCGGCAUUUUUGACGUCUACAGAUGCGAUCGUGCCGUGAAUCUUGGUCUCAGCUUGGCUCACAUGUCCAACGCCUUAAAAUGUGCCAAGAACGACGACUCUUGCUUGAUCCGAUACGAUGAUGAAGAAGGAGAAGGUCUAACUUUGACUUUCGAAGACAACAAAGGCAGAAAGCAGGACAUUCUGGUCAAGUUGAUGGAUAUCGAUUGUGAACAUCUUGGAGUGCCAGACCAGAAAUACAGUUGUAUUAUUGAAAUGCCGGCUUCAGAGUUCGCUAGAACUGUGAAGGACUUGACCAUCUACUCUGAUACCGUCGUUAUCAACUGCACAAAGGAGGGAAUUCAGUUCAAGGCAAGCGGUGAAGGUGGAACCAACACUGUUAGCUUCUCUUCUGAAACUAACGAAGAUGAAGAGGGUGAUGAUGUAAGUUUUUACUUAUUUUUUAAUGUUUUUAGGGAUUUCUGGGUAUUGAUGUUUAUUAUGGAUAAUAUCUUGAUAGAGUGAACCUAGUAUUCAAUUGAAAUGAUAUAAUUUUGUGAGAUUAUAGUAUUUUAAAGUUUUCCUUUGUGAUCAGUUUUAGCUUUGACUUUUAAAACAUUUACGUUUCAUUUUUCAUGUUAAAGUAGAGAAAGCUGGAUAAUAUUGGCUUUUUGAUUAUCUGAGAAGCAUCGUUCAUUUUAAUGGCAAACCUUAAUUAAAAUAAGGUUUGAUAAAGUAUAUUGUGUUAUUACUUAGAUUUUCGGGCCGCUAAAAAGCUUACUUAUACUGGUUUUUCUAUAUCAAAGUAGAUCAACAUGGAUAACAUUCCUAUUUUCAACAAACCAGCUUUCUUUACUUUAUGAGGCUGGAAAUAUUGUUUUAAAUCGGUUGUAUUGUGAAAUACUGUGCUUAAAAAUAAUAUUUGCAACUUCAGAGAGUCUCAGUGGACGUGAAAGAGCCAGUUAAACUCAGCUUCUCCAUCAAAUACCUAAACCAAUUUGCUAAAGCCGCAAACAUCUCGAACAGAGUCCGCUUAUCCCUUGCUGCCUCCGUACCAGUUGUAGUGGAGUACCAGAUUGAGGAAGACGGAUUCUUGAAGUUCUACUUGGCUCCAAAGAUUGACGACGAAGCCGACAUGGAAGCUUGA